CGGGCGCUGUGGCGCUGUCCCCGCUGUCCCCGCGGGGCCCGGCCGGACAUGGCCCCGCGCGGCCGCCCCGCCGCCGCCGCCGCCAUGCCCCGCAGGGGCGCCCGCAAACGCCUCAAGUUUCGCGCCGACGACGUGUGUUCCGAGCGGGUGACGGUGGCAGAUUAUGCCAACUCAGACCCAGCUGUUGUGAAGUCUGGACGGGUGAAGAAAGCUGUGGCCAACGCAGUGCAGCAGGAAGUAAAAUCCCUGUGUGGCUUGGAAGCUUCCUGUGUCCCUACUGAGGAAGUUCUCUCCAUGUCAGGAGAGUCCUGUGACAGCAGCGAUGAGAUGGAUACCAAGGAGAGCAUCAACGGGAGGGCUGCCUCGAGGAAAAAGAAGAGCAAAAGGCACAAAGAUGUGAUGUCCUGUGCCAAUACACCCUCGUUGCCUUUAGAAGAUGCCGAAGGGGGAGGAGGAGAGGAAUAUCCCAUUGACAUCUGGCUGCUUCUGGCUUCCUACAUCCGCCCUGAGGACAUUGUCCGGUUCUCUCUGAUCUGCAAGAAAGCGUGGACUGUCACUUGCACUGCUGCCUUUUGGACCAGGCUCUACAGAAGGCACUACAGCCUGGACGCGUACCUGCCGCUGCGCCUGCGCCCCGAGUCCAUGGAGAAGCUGCACUGCCUGCGCGCCUGCGUCAUCCGCUCCCUGUUCCACAUGUACGAGCCCUUCGCUGCCCGCCUCUCCAGGAACCCCACCAUCCCCGACAGUACUCCCAGCACUUUAAAGAAUUCCAGAUGUCUGCUUUUCUGGUGCAAAAAGAUUGUAGGGAACAGACAAGAAGCAAUGUGGGAGUUCAACUUUAAGUUCAAAAAGCAGUCUCCCAGAUUUAAGAGCAAGUGUUGCAAAGGUCUCCAGCCCCCAAUCCAGUAUGAGGAAGUGCACACAAAUCCAGAUCAGGAUUGCUGCCUGCUGCAGAUCACCACCUUCAACUUCAUCUUCGUGCCAAUCGUCAUGGGCAUGAUCUUCACUUUGUUCUCCAUCUCGGUGAGCACAGACAUGCGGCACCACCGCGUGCGCCUGGUAUUCCAGGACACGCCUGUGCGCAACGGGAAGAAGCCGCGCGUGGAGCAGGGGGUGCAGGUGGUACUGGACCCUGUGCAUAGUGUCAGGCUCCUGGAUUGGUGGCACCCACAGUACCCCUUCUCCCCAAAGGCUUAGUGCUCUCCUGAGUCUGCAGGAGCCUGAAGAGAAUUCUGGCAGGCUGAAGAGAAUUUCUAGGAACCAGGAAAUCCUAUUUUUAUUUCUGAAAUAAAUUCUGCAGUCCCCUUGCAAGUG